AUGCAUGGCGCAGCACGCCAUGUCGUAGUGAGGGGGCGCUGUGCCUGCGUCGGACCCCGCCCGACUGCGUCAAGGUGGGGUCAGGGUCCCCGGAGACCGGACCGCCCAACACCCGCAAGCGCAACGCCUCCCCAGGGGACGCGGCCACGCCCUGCACAGACACGUAUGUCCACCCCACCAAGCGGAUCUGUGCCUCGCCAGGCCCACCCAGCGCGCUGGCGUCCAACUCCAGGCUCCUACACCGCCCCCGAGGCCCACGCCGGAACCUGCUCUUCACCCCCCAGAUCCCCCCGACCUUCCUCAACCAGGUCUUGA